CACAACAAGACUGCAACAACGAGAUGGAGCGAGAUCUCCCUGGAACUAACGAGCCAGCUGAGCUCACCUUACUUAUAAAAUCAUUGCGGUUUGAGAGACAGUUAAAGGAGGAACUUGAAACCCCGCCGGCCAGUAUGAUGGACAGAACUGUGUGGGGUUUAUGCAGAGACUUCACCAUCAGAGGGGGGCACUUUAAGAUUGAGGCAUAUAUUAAAACCUGGGAUAUCCAACCCGUUUGGGUCUACAACGUGGACUAUUUCGGCUUGGAACGGGACAAGGACUGUAAGAUCCACCUCUACAGGGCCCUUUUCAUGGCCCCUACGGCCGGAAAACCAAUAGGGGACAGAGUCAGCAUCUACUUCGCGAUGGAAAUAUCAAAAACCGAGCUCGAAGCUCCGGUGGAAGUUCGCUUCAUUCUCGAGUCCAGGCGGCUCAUACACACUCCGGGGAGGAGCAAGUUCAGUGAGAAGUGGUUGACCGACAUUACCGAAACCAAGGAUUUAUUCCAGAGAAUGAUGGAGUCAUAAAUCACAUGGCCACCGUAUAUAACAUUCAGUUAUAUAACAGGCCCUGUGUAUGGACUUUGAGCUUGUUUUUUUUUUAAGUCUCAGCUGAAACGACCGCACACCUGUUAAAAACACACCUGUGUUUGAUAAAACUGUAACAACGCACUGGCGAUUGAGAGUUCGUUCAGAGGCAGCUCAGUAAAAGGACGUGUUGGCUUACCAAAUAAAGCAUACUGAAUAGCAACAUAAUCCUAAGAGUCUGUGUCGGCGAGUGAAAUUGUA